CAAAAUUGUAUCAAAUUCAUAGCUCUAUCCAUAGAUUACAAUUGUACCGAUGGCUUAUAGCAGAAAUCUAUUCUUCCUAGCAGUGGCUUCAAUGGCCAUAGUCCAAAUGACUAUGGCUGGAGAUCCCGAUAUCCUCACGGACUUUGUCUUGCCAGCAAAUUUGACAACAGUCGAUGGAAACUUCUUUACAUUCACAGGGAUGAGAGUCCUUGUAGGGGCUCCACCUCCCCCAGCUUUCAAAGUCUUGAAAGCAAGCAUGGCAGAAUUCCCGGCCCUCAAUGGCCAGAGUGUUUCCUAUGCUGUUCUCCUCUACCCUGCUGGUACUGUAAACCCCGUUCACACUCAUCCACGGUCGGCUGAGCUCCUCUUCCUUGCUGAGGGUAAUCUCGAGGUGGGAUUUGUGGACACAACAAACAAGCUCUUCACUCAAACUCUUCAGCCUGGUGACCUCUUUGUGUUCCCAAAGGGACUAGUCCAUUUCCAGUACAAUGCUGAUGCAAAAGUUCCUGCUUUGGCUAUCUCUGCCUUUGGGAGUUCAAAUGCUGGAACUGUCUCCCUUCCCAACACUCUGUUCAACACAAGCAUUGAUGACAAUGUAUUGGCACUUUCUUUCAAAACUGACGUCGUCACCAUUCAGAAGCUCAAGGCGGGCCUUGCACCCAAGAACUAGAUUAUCAGUAUCUCCAUGGUUUAAUAGCUUAAGUUGAAACUCUGAGUCCUGUUCCUAUUUGUUUGUUCAACUUCUGUAAUAAUUUUUUUUCCUUGUCAAUGAGGAGAGAACUCAUAAUAUCAUUUUAACAUUCUGUAUCGCGUUGUUUGUAAGGUCGGACUGGACCAGUCGAGCUGAGAUACA